AUGUCACAAGAAGGCCAGGACGAGAGGACCAGUUAUGCUGAGCCACAUGAACUCCUCGCAAGGAGUGAUAGCUGGAUAUGCGGCCAAUAUUCUCAAAGUGCUGAUAUCUUUACCUCCGAUAAAUUAAGCUUGGAUGCUCCUGCUUUUCAUGCAGGGAAUACUUUGAACCCGCAAUUGCUGGAUGCAAACAAUCUGUGUUUUCUUGAAACCAGCUUCGAUGCCCCCGAUAUGUCAUCUACAAUCCCAUGUCCGACGGAGCAUGAGCUAGGAACGGACAGUUUUCCUGCGUCGUUCUCGUCCCUGGAUGCAUUCUCUGAUAUGAUGAACAUGCACUCUGGCGCAACAAGUCCUGGAUAUGGCCAACCCCAAAACAUCCCAGCUAUCCAAUCUAAUAGUAGGAUGGACAGUCUACCAUGGAGCUGGGGAUGCGAUCCCAAUACCCUUGAUCCUUUUUUAUCGUCAGAACCUUACGAAGACCCUGUCCCUCCUGCUCGUCUCUACCGAAGUUUCUCGCACCUACCUCAAAGUAGAAACGGCCUACCUCGGCGCAGGAGUCGGUAUCUUGUCUCGCGAUCAGCUGAAAGCUCCGCUCCUAUUCAUGUUCCUUCUGCGAAAGAGAUGAAUCCAAUGCAAAGAUGGCAGGAAUCUCCACCGGAAGACGAGCCGGCAUCGCUCACGGCGAUUAUGAAUGCUAUGGAUGAGAUGCCGACAAGUCAGAGUCCAGGCCAAGGCCAAGGCAGCGGCAGCAGGCCGACCAAUCCCUUCCGACACUAUCGUCAAUCGGCAUCCAUAACGAGCGGUGAAAUCAGUGCCUCUUCGGCGGACUCAGCUUGCUCAUCUGCCGGCCGAUCCACACCGCAAAGCAGCCAAAGCCGUCGAUCAAAGGGGCGAAUUGCAAAGAGCAAAGCUAAGCCGUGGAACGAUACUAAGCCGCGCAUAUUCUGUUGCACUUUCUGCUGCGACCGCUUCAGAAGCAAGUAUGACUGGGUGCGACACGAGAAGUCGUUGCAUCUGAGCCUGGAGACUUGGUAUUGCGCACCCCUCGGGCCAUCCGUUGUCUCUCAGACCACCGGACGAGAGCACUGCGCAUACUGCAAUGCUCUGGAUCCAUCUCGGGAGCACCUGACUGAAGAGCAUAAUUAUGAGGAAUGCCAGAAUCUUUCUAAGGCUUCCCGCUCAUUCCGCCGGAAAGACCAUCUUGUGCAACAUCUUCGCCAUGUGCAUCAGGUCAACACUGUACCGCUCCUCGACGAGUGGAAGGUGGAGACCAAGAACAUUACAUCGCGAUGUGGAUUCUGCGAUGAGAACCUGCACGAUUGGGAUCAGCGCAUCGAGCACAUCGGCGAGCAUUUUCGCUCGGGAUGCACAAUGAAGGACUGGCAGGGCGACCACGGAUUUCCGCCAUCCAUCACAGCGCAGCUGAGGAAUGCGUUCCCGCCAUAUCUCAUCGGUGCCGAAUCUAAGAGCAUGAUCCCCUUCUCGUCAACCAACGCUGAUGUACGGGAUCACUAUGCACAAAUGUCUUCUCGCGUGGACGCCGCCAAGGGAGACGGAGGUAUCGGGCAGGAGCCCGCCACGGCUGUCCCAGUUGAUCCGAUGAAGUCGCAGUUUGACAACUUCUUGGGUAAUUUCACGCGCCAUUUGGGGCAGUUUGCGCGACAGCAGAUGCAGAGUGGGGUGAUCCCUACAGAUGAGAUGUUUCAGCAAGAGGCGAGGAGGGUUAUUUUUGAUUGUGAGGAUGCUUGGGAUCAAACUAUUGCCGACAAUCCGGAGUGGCUGUCUUCAUUUCGACGGCUACACUGUGAUCCCGAGGGCCCAGUCGGAAAUGGUUGA